CUUUUACUGAGGAGCAUGGUGCCACAUGGAGUGGGAUAUCCCUGCAGUCAUUUAAGAUCAGCUGUCCUGGCUGCGUCUCCUCCCAGCUUAUUGCCCAUUGCCAGUGUGGUCAGCCAUGGGGCAGUGUGAGACAAGACCUUGGUGCUGCAUAAUCAUUGCUCAGCAUUAGUUGAAAACAUGGGUGUGCUGUCAGCACUGUUGCAUUGCAAAUCUGAAACAGCACCACGUGAGCUACUGUGAAGGGAGUUAACUCUGUCCCCACCAAAGGCAGCACAGAUCAGUGUUUCAGGACAUUUCCUCAGUCUGAUAAUCAUUCUUCAGAAUGGCAUUCACACUUCUUUUGUAAAGUUGGGUUUGAGUCUUUCAUAAAUACCUCUAUUCUUUUAGUUGAAGCUUGUUCCUUAUGAUAGUAUGAUGAAACAGUGCUAGAAUCUUCUGUUUCAGUGGCUGGAAAUUCAGGUAUCAGACUAGUUGGCAUGGCAUGUCUUUAGGAAACCAUGCUGCCUUUUAUUCAACUUGUAUCUUACCAUCUUUACUUGUUUUGCAUUGUGCUUCAAGGAUGUCAUUCUUUGAAGUUGUAUUUAUAAAAUUUUUAUGUUACAGGGAUCACCUUACUGGAUCUUUUGCUGUAUUGAUUUUUUUUUUUUAAAUGAAAAAAUAUUUAUUAUUUUUCACUUAGAUGCUACUGUUGCUGUUUCAGCAGAUUUGUUAAAGACUUUCAUGUUUGUAAUUUAACAGGUACAUCAGUGUAAUAUAAUGCUAAGUCUCAAAAUUAGAUACCAGUGCGACUAUGAAAGGCACUCUGAUCUAUUCUCAUGGCCUAAAAAUAGGCCUUUUCCAUAUAACCUGACAGGGUUAUAUGACAGCCCACCUAGCUAAACAAGGGAAGCCAGUUCAUGUAAUUUUCUGGAUUUCAGUAAAACUUGUGAGACUGGUUCUCAUAGUAUCCUUCCUUCUGGACAAAAAUGAACACCGUGUGAUGAGUGAGCAAGUAGCUCAUGGGUCAGGCACAAAGGGUUACAGUGAAUGGGGUGACAUAAAACCGGUGACUUGUCACUGGUGGGGUUCCACAGAGCUCCAUCCUCAGCCCUGUGCUCUUCAACACCUUCAUAAAUGACCUGGACAGGAUUCAAAAGAAUAUUAAGUUUACAGAUGAUACAAAAUGGGCAGACCCGUUGACUCCCUUGGGGACAGGGAAGCCCUGCAGAGAGACCUCAACAAAUUGGAGGGCUGGGCAUACACCAGGCAUAUGAAGUUCAAAAAGAGAAAGUGCCAGAUUCUGCACCUGGUGUGGAGCAACCCUGGUUGUAUGGACAGACUGGGGAACAAGAGACUGGGGUCCUGGUCAGUGGCAAGUUGACCAUGGUUCAGCAGUGCCCUGGCAGCCAGGAGUGCCACCUGUGUCCUGGGGUGCAUCAGGCACAGCAUCACAGCUGGGCAAGGGAGGGAUUGUCCCACUCUGCUCUGCACUGGGGCAGCCUCACCUUGAGUGCUGGGGGCUGUGUUGGAUGCCACAAUAUAAGAAGGAUUUAGAACAAUUAGAGGAUGUCCAAAGAGGGGAUCAUGAAGAUGGUGAAGGGCCUUGGGAAGAAAUAGGAGGAGUGGCUGAGGUCAUUGGUCUGUUCAGUCUGGAGGAGACUCAAGGGAGACCUUGUUGCAGUCUACGACUUCUUCAUGAAGGGUAGUGGAGGGGCAGGUACUGAUUUCUGAUUACUCACAGCUGCUUAAAUGUGUGUCUGUAGCAUCAGUCAAUUUACAUGGUUUUGUUUUCUGUAUAAUGGGUAAGUUUUGUUAAUUAUCAGGGAAGUGAAAAUUUUGUAAGUGGAAGAGAAUUCUAAUUUUUUAAUACACUUUCUUUUAAAUUGUAUUUAACUGUCCAGAAAUCCGGUGCUGAUUAAAAGCUCCACAAAAUACACGUGGUAUGGAGAAGGUGAAUGAAGAAUUACUUUCCAUUGUCUCCUGCUGUACAAACAGUGGGUGUUGAGUGGAACUCUCAAGGAUCUCAUUCAAAACACAUAAAUAGGCACCAUUGAUGGCAAGGCGGAUAAUACCAGUGACACUGGGGAAGCUAGUAAACCUGCAGAGAUGCUUACACAGAGAAGAAAACGUAUAUCCACCAUGCCAAAUCUUGUCAAACCCAGAGCUGGACCAUUGUCUGCUCAACGUUCUGCACCAAAACCGCAGAGGCGAACAUCACAGGCUUCUGAUGGCAGUACUUCACUUCAGAAAGAUCCCUCCCCAUCAGAAAAGAGUAAUGUUGAAAGCUCUGUAAAGUCUCCCAUGCUUCCUGAGAAGAAAACACCUGUGCCACAAGUGCCACAGUUUUCACCGCUAAAAAAAUCUGUGAACAAAGAACAAGCUGUUGGUGUAGCUGCUCCAAAAAAUGAUGAUAGCUUUCAGAAGAAUGUACCUUCUCCUCUCAAGGAGAGACCAACACAGGAAAGAUCACGAACACAGGAGGAGAAGCAACCUGUGAAACCUUCCCCCGAGAAAGUCAGACGAGUGUGUUCUGACCAUGAAAGGAUCCUCAAAGCUCGGAAAUUAAGAGAAAUGCUUAAAGAAGAGCUGAAGAAAGAGCGAAUGAAGAAGUUGAAACAUAGGCCUCCAGUAAUCGAAGGACGUUCUCCACCAGAUCGUUCUAAAAUGACCAUGAGAGACUUAAUAUACUAUCUGCCAGAAAACAAUCCGAUGAAGUCUUCACUGGUAGAAGAGAAGAGAACAGAAAAAAGUUCUACACUGAGUCAAAUGAAAGAACAGGGAGAGAAAAGUACUCCUGAUCAUGAAGAAGAGGAGGAGGAAGAAGAAGAGAAUGGGGAAGAGAAUCAGGAUGGCCCACUUCUUGUUCCUCGUGUGAAAGUGGCAGAAGAUGGCUCAAUUAUUCUGGAUGAAGAAAGCUUAACUGUAGAAGUUCUAAGAACAAAAGGUCCAUGUGUUGUAGAAGAAAAUGAUCCUAUCUUUGAGCGUGGCUCUACAACUACAUAUUCUAGCUUCAGGAAAAGUUUUUACACAAAACCAUGGUCAAAUAAAGAAACAGACAUGUUCUUUUUAGCUAUCAGUAUGGUAGGAACUGACUUCUCCUUGAUUGGGCGGCUGUUUCCUCACAGAGCCAGAGCAGAAAUUAAGAACAAGUUCAAACGUGAGGAAAAGGCUAAUGCAUGGAGAAUAGACAAAGCUUUCAAGGAAAAGCGACCCUUUGAUUUUGAAUUCUUUGCCCAGCUGCUUGAGAAGGUCUUAGCAGAUGAGGAAAAGAGGAAGCAAAAGACUGUUAAAAGCCAGAGGCCAAAAGAAAAAACGUCUCCAAGGCCACAGAAGAAGUCAAAAGCAAAAGCUGCCAGCACAGAUGCUGCUAAUGAUCAAGAUGAACUUCAGGAAGCUGGAAUUUCUGAUGCAGAAACAGAAGUAGAUGGUGUGACAGCUGAGAAAGAAAAUGAGGAAUCUUUGGGCAUUUCUGAACAGGCAGAAGAGCAGGUUGCAUUAGAACCAUCAUUAGCAAAAAAGAAGAGAAAGAAGAAGAGAAAAGAUGAUCUUGAACAGGAAGUGGAGAAUAUUCCAGAAGAAAUGCCUGUUCCUUCAAAACCUGCUGAAGAAGGGAAGUCUUCUAAUAAAAGGAAAAAAGUGAUACGUGAUGCAAGCAGUGAUGGUCAUACUACAUGUGAAGAAGAAGUGGAUUGUGCUAUUGAAGGAAAACAAAAUGAGACUACUGUAACAGAAGAAGAGAGAUCAGAGUCCUGUUCACCAGUGAAUAACCAAAUGGAGAGAGAAGGUGUUGUCAAUUUAUGCAGUCUUGAAGAUAGCAAUAAUGUUAUACUAGAAGCAGAACCUGCCAAAUUGAUAUCCAGAGAUAUCAGAGAUGAUACAUCACAGGAAAGCCAGAUUCCAGAGUUACCAGUUUCAAAUAUUAGAAGCAAGGAAACACAAUCUGCAGAAACUACAGGAUCAAAGAAUGAAGAUACACAUCAGUCACAAAAAGCAGCUGGAAAUCAGAGUGCAGCAGAAGGUAAUUCACAGUCUGAAAUCAUGAAAACUGGAAAGUCAGCAGAUAGAAGGCGCUUGCAAAGACCUAAACCAAAUUUAGUGCGAUCAUCUGGAAGGAGGGAGACAGCAACACAAGACAAAAUGGAGGCCAGAACUUCUCCUCAAACCCUUGCAAAUGCAGGUGAAAAGUGCUCUGAAGAGGAUAGUAGAAGUAACAGAAAUGAAGCCACAGAAGUAGAGAACAGGGGUUUGAAUACUGCAUCUCAGGAACCUGAAAAAACUGCGAUUGCAAAGACAGUAGUUAGAGGAUAUCGACAGAGAUUUAAACCAAAUGUUACAAGAGCACCUGGAAGGAAAGAAGAGCCUGGAAAAGAUGCAGGAAAUGAUAAAAUAUCUCAUCUACAGCCUAAGGGGGAAACUGAGAAGAAUAAUGACCAAGGUAAUAGAUCUGAUGUUACCAGUGAAGAUGCUGCAGAAAAAGAUGACAAAAUCCCACAGGCAGUGUCUCAGUCUAAUGAAACAGCCAGUUUAAAAGAAGAUGGCAGACAGAUCACGUUGAAUCAAACACCUCUAAAGAGAGGUAGAAUACAGAGACCAAAACCAAAUCUAGGAAGAGCUGUUGGAAGGCAAAAAGAGCUGAUAGAGGGAAAAGAUCCUGAAGAGGAGACAACUGAAGGUGGAGAAGCAGAAAAAGGUGUCACAUACCACCAAGAUGAAAACAAUGAUCCCUGCCUCAUAAGUGAUUUAACAGUUCAUGAAAACAAUCAGCCAUCCAGCGUGACAUUAGAAGAUGUUUCUACAGAUUCUGAGAUGAACUCAAUAUAUAAAAGACAGUGUUUCCAAGAAAACUCCUCAAAAGCAAAAAGCUAUGAAAGUGAAAAGGAAUUGUCAGAUGUCUCGAAACAGGUUUCAGAUUCCAAUACCGGGGAAUCUCAUCCUCAGCAGAAAGAGGAGAAAACUCUUGCAUCAUCAACUCAUCUGCUGAGGGCACGAUUCCAGAGACCAAAGCCAAAUUUAAGAACAACUAGUAGAAAAGAAGUUCUGGAUGUAAAUAGUAAAGGUGCAUCACAGAAAGAUACCAACAAGGAAGAAAAUAUAACACAGUGCAAUAGUGAAUGUAGCAUCCCUCCUGACACAGAUAAAGCAGGAAAAUGUGAAGUCUUAAAUGCACCAGAAUCCUUGGGAAAGGAGAAGUCACUUUGCUCUCAGGUGGUUUCUGAGAGUCCAAGUUGUAAGUCCCCCAAAACAUUUUCAAGAUCAGAGGAUGAUGAACCUGAGUUCUGUCUACCUGAAAUUAGCCAAGACGAUAUUUCUACUGCUAUUGCAGGCACUCAAGAACAUCAACAAGCACCUCUUCCACCUAUCCAGCUGGCACGCAACAAGAGAUACAAGCCAAACUUGGUAAGAGCUGUUGGAAAGAAGGAGUUACAAAUACCAGUAAAUGAAAGGAAGAAAAAGCCUGAAGCAGAGCAAAAAGAUGAGCUUGACAAUACUGUCAUGGGUGAAAACGAAGCUGUAUUGUGUCAAGCGGAUGUAUUGAACAUAGAGGAACAGGAACAACAAGAGGCGCCUCAAGUGUUCUCUGUUUCUGAAACCUCAGUGUCUGAACAAAGCAGUACUGAAAAAUUUACCUCCCAAGAAGGCAAGCUGAGUGCCCUGAAACCAGGACAAUUCAUAAGGACUGAGUCUCCGAAAACUAGACCAAACCUAGAAAGAACAUACAGCAAAAAAGAAUCUCCAGUAGUACAAAAACUUUCUGUCCCAGAUGAAGAAGAAAUUAAUCAAGGAGAGAAUCUGCCUGUGGCAGAUGAAUCUGAAAACCCUCUCUCCUCAAAAGAUGACAUAGAGGUAUUGCUUGUGGGAAAUUUGGCCGAGAGUGACAAUCUAGACAUAAAUUCAAGAAGCAUGACAUCAAGAACACUUUGUUCUUCUAAAAAAUCACGAAAUUGCAACAGCAAAAGAGAGCAAGAGGAGUGUCUGUCUACAGAUGCUAUAGGAAGCAUCCAGGAUACCACAGAAAGGUCUAAUGAUAAAUUAUGUUCUGGAGAAGAAAGUGAACAGAGAGCAAGGGAACCCUACUGCAACACAAGGCCAGACCUAAUGAGACUUACUAGGAAAAGAGACUAUCCUGAAGAUAGUGAAAACAGGGAAGAAGACAACGCUGAGAGAAAUGAACAAGAGUUUUUUGUGUUAUUAAAAACAGGUGUAUCAGGGCAAAAUUCCAGUAAUACAGUGGAAGCUGGAUCCUUCUCAGAAGCUACAAGGAAACACAGUUUUGCAGAGAAUGUUGAAAUAUCUUGUAAGAGGAUCAGACAGGACAUUAUACUGCUGUCUCCAGGCAUAUCAUCAGAGAGUGAGAGUCAAGUAGAGCAAGAUAAUGAUUCUCAGCUUUCUACCUCAAAGGAAAAGCAUUCAGACAAUCUCAAAAGAAGGCAGUUGAGGAGAUCAUCAAAACAGACAGCACUUCCAGAACAUGUGUUGGAGCCAAGAACUUCUUCUGCCUCUGAAUUUGGGGCUGAUAGCAGUAAGAAGGGGAGUCAAAGGCAAGAAGCUAAACUGAGUGUUACCAGAGACAAAAGUUUGAAAACUACACAGAGAAGAAAAUCUGGGAAGGAACCCAGAAGUUCAAAGAUAACCUUUGUCACCCUCCGGGCUUCUCAGGAGGAGGAUGAGGAGGAGGAUGAGGAGGCAGAUGACUUUGAGCUUGAUGAUGAAGAUCAGUGCUUUGCAUCAGAGGAAGUAAACAAGGCUCCAGUGUUUGUUCCUAUAGGUCUUCGAUCUCCAAAACCAAUCGUUGUGCAGAUACAGGAAACCAUGGAGGAGCUGGAAAUACCUGUGAAUAUAUCAGAUAUGCAGGUGGCUACUGAUCCUGAAAGUCUUUCUUGUGCUUCUAUCCAACCAGUAGUACAGAGGGAAGAAAAAGGAAACACCUCAACAGCUGAAACAGCCAUACGUGAGAAUCCAGAUGUGGACAAAGGAAUUAACGAUGGAAGCACUGAAGCUGCUAUGACUUUACUUGCAAUGGGUGAUCCAAAUUUCCAGUUGAAAGCAAGCACUGAAGAACAGACACAUAUGUCACCUGCUCAAAAUGACUUGGACACAGCUGAUAGCGCUGUAAUUCAUGUCUACUCCACAGAAAACAGAACUUCUAGUCAGUAUUCACUUGCUUCAGACACUUCUAUCAAGGAAUUGCUGCCUUCUGAAGAUGGAAGCAACAUCAAUAUAGAGCAUCAAAUCACUGGCACGAGAAUAGGUGUAGAUCAAUAUUCAGAGAUGGCUGCUAUUGAUACCAGUGGUAGCUCUUUGCCUGUGGUGAAUAAUAUGAGACUGACAGGAGGUGGACACCUGGAGCCUGAGCCAGCCUCUGAACUAUUGAGUUCCAAUGAAAACUUAAUGCAGGAGAUACUUAGAGCAAAUGUACUUGUGGAACAACUGGAACAAAUUCAAACUGAUCCUACAACCCUGAGGGGUAAUGCAGAAAUGCAGGUCAAACCAGAACCAAUCAGACCAGCUGCAGAUAAUUUUUCAGUUCUUCAUGACUUUGCAACUGGAAGUAUGGAACUCACCAAGCAAGUAGACAAAACUGAGAGAACAGAAAAGCAGAUAAGAGAUGCUUGUGGAAAUUCAGGAGAUUUAAGACAUUUAAGUGCAUCACCAAAACCUGAAAAAUCACGCCUUGGACUAGAAGAUUGUCCAAAUCCAAGUUCCAUGGAUGAAUUGUCUGAGCAAAGUCCUUGUCCUCUUGAGCACCAUAUAUGUACAGUCAACUUUACUCAGAAUGAAGCUUGUACUCAGGAUGCUCAACAACAGUGUGUAAGCAGCACAGAAGAAACUUCAGUGAAUGAUGAUCACAGAUGUCCCGAGGAAGAACAGACAUUCAUUUUAACAUUGGUGGAAAUCCCAGCUGACGCAAAAGAGUUUGAUGUAUCUGCUAUGGUGGAACAAACUUCAGAACCAGUACUACCAGCCCCAAUAUUUAUCAGCUCAAUAAAUGCAAAUGAAACAACUGUGACUGAAGUGGAGAGUGUUGGAUCCUUGACAACUGCAGCUGAUGAAGUUGCUGCACCUUUAAACAGCAGUAUGGAAAUGAAACAGCUCGAGAGUGCAGUAGACCCUGUUCCAAAGUUGCAGACAGCUCAAAAACGGUUGGCUGCUGAGCUUGAAGAGAAUGAUUUUCCUCCUUCCAAGAAAAUUCCAUCUACUGUUGCAGUGGAAGAUAACUUAGAAACCACUUACAAGCUUUCUGUUUCUCUGAUGCCAGCUGCCCGGAAAUCUGUCAUCAGAUUUUCUCCUCCCAUUUCACAUCACUCUGAGGGUUAUUCAAUUAAAUCCACAGAUGUGCCAGUGGUAACUUCUGACGAUCCUUUUCAAAAAACAGAGUCUUCAACAAAGGAGGAAGUACUUACUUCUGUGUUGGUGUCUCAGUCUAUCUCACAAAUGGCUGAGAGAAGCCAUCUUGAGACUUUGGAGAUGUUAGGGAAAGCAUCACUUGAGAAUCCAGCAUUGAUAAAGGAAGAGGAGGUUAUGUCUAGAUUAACCUCCAGCAGAGAAUCAGAAAUGAGUGAACAAGAAAUGCAGGAGAAUGUGCAUGAAUCUGCACAGUUGGAACAUACUGGAAGCCCAGCAUCAUCGUCAAAAACUCCAUUACUCAGGGGUGGACGAAAACCGUUGGGAUUUUUAUCUUUAAUUUGCAAAAAAAGUAAUUCUGAAUCGGCAGAAGAUACCAAAGGGAAUAGAGGGAAGCUCCAAAAGCCUCGAAUUGUGACUCCAAAACGAAGUCUAAAGAAACCCACGCCAUCCACUAAUGAUGACAGGGAAUCUUGUUCCUUUCCAUCUAGUUCAUCAUCUGUGGAGCAGGAGCAUGUAGCUGCUGAUGCUGCAGUUACGGUUCCAAGUAACGACUCGUCUGAGAAGACACGUCUCUGUGCUAAAGAUCAAGAGAAGGAAGGAGAGCCAACCAAAAUCUCUGAGUACUUUUUUAGUGACAUAUUUAUGGAAGUGGAUGAUUCAGAAUAGCAAAUAGGUUUUAUAAAAACCUAGGAUCACAGAAUAUACUGCAACAAGAAAAGAGUAUUCUAAAAGUUCCAGUUUGUUCUGAUAUUAAUUUUGCCACACUUACUAUCAACUAAUUACUCUUGUUAAUUAAUGCUGUGAAGAUGAAGUGGAUUCUUUCUGAAGCAACCCCGGGCACUUCCAAAAUGCUGACAUUGUCUAAAUCACUACAGUGAUGUCAUUGGACCAGGCUACUGACUGCUGGCUUAUGGUUUCAUUUGUUUAGACACUGAUAGUGGGUGCAUGACUAUCCUGUCAUGCAGUGCAUGAAAAGUGCAAUGAAAUAAUGUUUAAUCUUGCAACAAGUAUCCUUUUCCAUUUUAAUGCUAAAGCUUUUUGGUACUGAAUAUUCAAAUUCUUUACUUCUUUUUGUGAAGUAUGUUACGUUAGAAGGAGGAAUGAACCUUUUGGGUAUAAUGUAUUAUCUGAAGAUCAGAAUGAAAAUACUGGAAGUAGUGUAGUAAGUACAUACGUACAUAUGUCAAGCACUGCUUGUAUUUUUAUUAGAAUCUCCAAAUUAUGUAUUUUUGUAAGAGUUUUUAAACUACAUAAUUAAAAGAUCCUAACCUGAAAAGCCCAAUAGGAUUGGUUCCUUAAAAUAUGUUGAAAACUCAAAAAUUGAGUUUUCAACAGAGUUAGAAGAUGAUAACACUCUGAUGAGGUUAUUAUUUGCAAACUUUUUUAUCACUUGGAGGAAGAGAUUGAUGUUUCUUAGUAUAAAUCCUUAUUUUCUUCUAAAUUGGAAAACAAAGCUAUAGAUACAGUUUCUUUUCCUUGUUUUUACAUGCAGUUGUUUGUAUAUUUUCUGACUUCCUUGGUUAGCCUUGUGCAAAGUAGCACAAAGAGACUUGAUUUAAACCAUGAUUAUACAAUGUCACUUUCGAGGAUUUGCUGCUUUGAAGCAGUUGAAUUAAAAUAGUUUUCUCAUGUUGCAUGUCUGCUUGUACUGUAACUUGGUAUAAAAUUCUGGUGUAGCUUUAGAUUUGUAGUCUAAGUUUUUACUUACCUCAUCAAAAAAUUUGUCAUCAUGAGGUAAUUAGGUUUAUGCACUCUCAAAGUCAGGUGGUCACUGAUGAAAGGUUCAAUAUUUAGUCUGAAACUCCUGCUUGCAUGAGCUUGAGUAGUCUUAAAAUUUUUCAUGUUACUUCACAUUUGCAGGUACUUCCACAAAAUGAUUUAUUAUGAAGUUGAAACUGAUGUUAAAUGAUAUUGUUAAUGCUCUUCAGAAACCUAUCAUCAGGUUUGAACUGGGUAAUCCUUUAAUGGCAGGUAAAUAAUAUAAACAUGUAGUUAAUUUUGAAAUAGUUGAAGAAGUUUGAGAGUGUUUUUCUUUUCAGAAGUUCUUGGCAAGGCUUCAGAAGGAAUCUUUAAAAUUUUGUCAGAGAGGAGAAAUACAGAAAAAAGCUACUGUUACUGCAAACUGAUAUGUUAGCUGGCCUCAGCCAAUGAAAUGUCACUAGCAGCAGUAUUCUUUGAGGUGAUGGAAAAGCAACUAACGGUCCCAGUGUAGAGUAAUUUACUUGAAAGCAUUACUGAUCAACCCACAUCACCUCCCAAAAAACCCUCUAAAACACCAACAGUUUCUGUUCAGAUGGUAUCUUGUGCUUUGCCUAAUCCGUUUAACUUGAAAUGUUUAUCUAAGUAUUGUUUUACUGUAAACAUUAUGAAAGAGAUUAAUGUAUACAUGUAACUCUAUGUAUUGUAUAUCUUGUAGAUACUAAGUAUGCAAGUGUUUACUUCCUGAAUAGGUGUGGCAUGUUUAUAUCACUUGCACUCAUAGAGCCUAAAAAUAGAUUAUUGGGGAGUGGCUAUGAAAUAAUUGCUGUGAGUACCUUCUGAGUGAGUUCUGAGGGGAUAAUCAUUCUGCAUUUAGUUGCAUACAUUUUAGCUUGCAUUCAUGUUACAAGGGGGAAAAAAUUAACUACUUCAUUACUAAGAUUUAUGGUGCCUUAUCCACAUUGUUAAUUGGGGCUAUACUUUCUCUUUCCUUGCAGCAAAUUACAUGCACUUUGUUAGAGGUUUUUUUUUUUUAAGAGCAAAUUUAAUUUUAAUAGAAAUAAGACAGUUUUGUGUUUUGUUUUGUGAAGUUUUAUAAUGAUGAAGGAUUUAAGAAAAUAUGUUGAAAUCGCCAUGUGUAUGAGUAGCAUUUUUACAAAGAUGUGGCAUAAAACUGCUUUGCUCAGAGUUGUCUGACACCCUGUAUCAUCACAUAUAAGUUUUCUGUGUCAAAGGCGGUAGUCCGAUUCUGUAUGUAAAUUAUGUGAAUAAAUUAUUUUCUUCUA